UCGGUUUUGUGGGGGUGGGGGGGCGGGGGGGCUCAGAUAUGGAGGCAAAUGGGAGCCAAGGCACCUCGGGCAGCGCCAACGACUCCCAGCACGACCCCGGUAAAAUGUUUAUCGGUGGACUGAGCUGGCAGACUUCACCAGAUAGCCUUAGAGACUAUUUUAGCAAAUUUGGAGAAAUUAGAGAAUGUAUGGUCAUGAGAGAUCCCACUACGAAACGCUCCAGAGGCUUCGGUUUCGUCACAUUCGCAGACCCAGCAAGUGUAGAUAAAGUAUUAGGUCAGCCCCACCAUGAGUUAGAUUCCAAGACGAUUGACCCUAAAGUUGCAUUUCCUCGUCGCGCGCAACCCAAGAUGGUCACAAGAACAAAGAAAAUAUUUGUAGGCGGAUUAUCUGCGAACACGGUAGUGGAAGACGUAAAGCAAUAUUUCGAGCAGUUUGGCAAGGUGGAGGAUGCGAUGCUGAUGUUUGACAAGACAACCAACAGGCACAGAGGGUUUGGCUUUGUCACUUUUGAGAAUGAAGACGUUGUGGAGAAAGUCUGUGAGAUUCAUUUCCAUGAAAUCAAUAAUAAAAUGGUAGAAUGUAAGAAAGCCCAGCCGAAAGAAGUCAUGUUCCCACCUGGGACAAGAGGCCGGGCCCGGGGACUGCCUUACACCAUGGACGCAUUCAUGCUCGGCAUGGGGAUGCUGGGCUACCCCAACUUCGUGGCGACCUAUGGCCGCGGCUACCCCGGAUUUGCUCCUAGCUAUGGCUAUCAGUUCCCAGACUAUUUGCCGAUUUCACAAGACAUAAUUUUUAUCAACUAGCUCUUAAGAGAGUCAUAAAAAUUUGGGGUUUGCUACCAUUGCUAGAGAGAGAACACAGGCCAGGUUGGGUCACCCCAGCCGCCAACAGUGUCCACUGAAACUGUUCUAGCUGCCGGUUUGAAUGAAUGCUCUUUUUCCCAUUUUUAAUUCUUGGAAAAGACCAUCCUCAUUGCUUCACCACACAAUUUUUUUUUUUUAAAUAAAUUUUGUUCUCCAGUCCUUGCCCAUUUUGCUUCUUGUAUUGUGAACAACCCCUGCCUCCCCAGAAUGUAACGGGGCCAGAGGGAAACUUCUCACAAACUUUGUAGAGCCUCCUCAUGGCAACACAGGAAGAGAGUAAGAAAUUAUUUUGAAUAACGACCAAGCAGGCUUACUUGGGGCAUUACGUGGAUGUGCUUUUAAAGGAUGGUGGUCCAGAGGGGUUGCCAUCGUGGGCCUCAGAGCCCCUAUGACAGACAGAACCAAAAAUGAACACAUGCCUGCCUUGCACAUACAGACCGUUCCGGAAACACUGAUCUGAAAAAAAUUAAUCUGGAAGAGUAACUCUGUAAGAGGGAUUGGAUUGUCUCUGCCUCUUGGGGCCAGUCCCUCAGCGGUUGCUGCCAUAAUAAAAAGCACGUCUGUCUUCAAGAAGGGAGACACCCAGGCACUGCCACGUCUCGGGCACGGGGGGGCAUCAACCCCUGCUGGACCCCUUCGUCCCCAGCCUCCCCUUCCUGCCCACACCAGCCCGGCCUCGAGGCCUCCUGGCACACCGGGGCUGACAGUCCCCCCAAGACGGGCUUUCUGUGCCGUGAUGCUAACCCCUCCGCUUCCCUGUCUGAAGACCCCUAGCUCUCUUUGUUUAAUGAGGUACAGAUCAGUCGGACCCCUCAAGAGUCUCCCCUUUGUCGGGGCUCAUAGUUUGUGAGAAGUGACCCGUGUGCUUCCAUUUGAUGCAUUUGAUGUGAGCUAAUCCUUGCGUUUGAAUGUCAGUGUCCUUGAGACUCAACAUAUGCAGUUUUGCUCAUCUCAUUAAAGAUGCUUGAUGUAAUUAAUAAUUGGUUAGUUUCCUUUUAUUUUCCUGUAGGCUUUUUCAUGAGUAUUAUUUUUUUUUCUCAAACAAUCUGUAUGGCUUUUUUCCCCCCCAUAUUUUGUUUUGCUAUGAAUUGCUUUGCUUUGGUGAACUUGUCCUAGAAUGCUUGACUCACAAACGUUUUAGCCAUUGUAAAUUUUCUUCAUCUCUGUAAAUAGUUCAUCUGUGCUUCUCCCUAAUGACGUUUUAUUUUUUUCCCUGUAAGCAACUGAGGUAGAAAAAUAAAUUGUUUACCACGGACAUGCUGUGUGCUGCCGUCUCUUAGCCCUACAGAGUCCUGUUCUUGCUCCGGGCGAGGUGAAUGCACUAAAUAACCAGUCCCAGUGACAGCCUAAUGCAGCCUCUAAAAGCAUGUGCUCUCCCCCUGCUUCCUCACGUUCCCUGCACUUGCCGGAAGUGAUCCGUCCUGGAGCAGCGUGGCUGAGCAUCUGCACGUGGCAGCUGCACGGGAUCGCCCCAUGCCCCUUUCUCUGUCACCACUCCCACCCUCCAGCCAACACGCCACUGGAACAUCUGGAACCCGCACAUCUGUGCACUGGUUGUGUGGGCUUAUGCACGUGCUUUUGCACACAGGCCUCCAUGUGUUUGUGCACGUGGCUUGUUUUCCUAAUUCCCGGAGCAGUGCAGGUCGGGUGAGGCACUUGCCGGCUCGUGGAAAUGUUGCUGGGUGUGAGGCUAGAAGACCUCGUUCCCAGGUUCCAUUUGGCCACUUAAGUAGCUGUGGGACCUUGGGCAAGUUUCCCCUUCAAGCCCUGGGGAUAGUGAUAGUGCCCAGCCAGUCAGCUUGUAAGGAGAAUGAAGUGGGAUGGUAUGUGUAUGUGAAAGUCCACUUGUAAAUGCUGUUGGAGCAGAAGUUAUAGAAGUAGUGGGCUGUGAGGUUCUCAUUAGGUCAGCUCUCUGGGGUGGUUUUCCCUGGUGGAGCUGCCUGUUAGUAGAUGUGCUGGUGGGAGAAAGGAAUGCUAUGGGAUCCACAGGUGAAGCCAGAGACUUGCCAGGAAUUCCUCCCAGCCUCAUGUCCUCCGUCCCUCCCUCCUGGUUUGCUGAUCAUCGGGCACUGGGCUAGGCACCAGAUAUCGGGACAUGAAUAAGACUCACCCUUCAAGAUGCUUAUAGUCCAGCUGAGGGAGAGAGAAAAAAUGAUCAAACCACUGAGAAUCAGAUGCUCAGCUAGAGAGAGGGAAACUAUCUGGGCUUCGUGAGUUAAAGGUGGGCUGCUUGUUCUGUAUGCAGGGCAGUCAGGGAUGGCUUCCUGGAGGUGGUGAUGCCAGAACAGGGUCUCAAAAGAUCAAAUUGAAUUCGCUGGGGGAAAAAGGGAAGGGAGUAUAUCCCAGACAGGAGAAUGGCAUGCUUAGACACUGAAUCAGGUAACUUUAAGUUUAGCUGUAGGAAACACAAUAAUAAUGGCCUAAUGAAAAUUAGAGUAUGUUUCUCUCUCCCAUGUAAAAGAAGUGUGGGUGUAGCUCCAUGGUAUUAAGAGUCUGGAUUUAUUCUAUCUUGUUGUGCUACCCUCUUCAGCAUAAGAGCUGUGCUUCAUGACCUAAUAAGGCUGCUUGAGUUCCAUCCAUCACACACCCAUCCUAGUUAUCAGGAAAGUGGAAGGGGUCAUGAAAAACACACCUCUUCCCUUUCAUAACACUUCUCAGAAGACAUGCGUGGCACUCUGCAUAGAUCCCAUGGUCAGAACUGAGUCAUGUGUCCAGUUUCAGCUGUCAGGGAGCCUCAGAAAUAGUUUUAUUCCAGGUAACCAUGAGCUCAGCUAAAAACGGGUUCCUGGUGCUAAGGGAAGAAAAGUAGAACAGAUAUUAGGGGACAAUUAGUGAUCUCUGUCACAAACCUGAGGCAACAAGCACUGGAGGUCCCAGGAAUUACAAGUAGUUACCGGGAGCUCAUAGGAGCAAAUUGGGUUGGGAUCGGGGGUG